GGCACUUUGUUCACGAACGCCAUUGUGUGUGUGCGCGUGUGUGUGUGUGUGUUACACAAUCAGUUUCCGCGUCCUGGUGUCUUCCCGCCCACCGCAGCUCUCCGCCUGCCUGCUGGGCGGACCAGGGCCGAACCGAGCCGCGCAGUUCCGUGUUGCAGAGCGCGAGGACGCGGCGGUGUCACGCGGACAUCCGGGCACGGCGUGCGUGGGGAAAGUGUGACGGAGGCACAAAGUCAAAUUUGAAAGUGUAGCAGAAAGAGGUCAUGAACGACAGUGAGGUGUUGGGGUCCUGUGCUGACCUCUGACCCCUCAUGGAGUGGGUCGGGGAGGUUAACAAGCCAUCAGGACAGUGUGAGAAUUUGUGGAAUCUGGGCCAGGACAGACUUGGACGUUUGAUGUGACAGGCCGCGCUGAACAUGGAGCAGGACUUCACACAGUUAACCUUUGACCUCUGCUAAGUCACUCAAUCACAACAAGAAGAAGCUGGCACGUGAGCUUUCCAAGAUGGCCGCCGCAGCAGGAAGGACGCACAUGGUGAGAGACUUUAACCAUUUCAUCACGUGCUACCUGUGCCGAGGUUACCUCAUCAAACCCACCACCGUCACAGAGUGCCUGCACACCUUCUGUAAGAGUUGCAUCGUGCAGCACUUUGAGGAGAGCAAUGACUGUCCCAAAUGUGGCAUUCAGGUGCACGAGACCAACCCCCUGGACAUGCUCAGGUUGGACAACACACUGGAGGAGAUCAUCUUCAAGCUGGUUCCAGGACUCAGAGAGAAGGAGGAGGAGCAAGAACUGGAGUUUUGGAGGACAAAUCAGCGCAGUGAGAGCAUCCACGCUGAUAGCUUUGUGAGGGUGGGGCUUCCUGACGGUGAUGCCGAGGACGGCGGUGAUGAGGACUACCACAGGAGUGACCCUCAAAUCGCCAUCUGUCUGGACUGUCUCCGCAACACGGCCCAGACUGAUGAGAGCACGGUCACCGAUCUGAUGAAGAGAUUUAUUCGCUGCUCCAGCCGCGUCACCGUGGGAACCAUCAAGAAGUUUCUCAGCCUCAAACUCAAACUGCCAAGCUCUUACGAGCUGGACGUGUUGUGCAACGGCGAGAUCAUGGGUCGCGACCACACGCUAGAAUUCAUCUACAUGACACGAUGGAGGUUACACGCCGACAACACAUAUCCCAUGGUCCUCGAGUACAGACCACGCAUCGACUUUGGAUGACCGCGCACACAUGCAUGGACGUGUACGCACACGCAAUGUUGCGAUGAAGAAGAUAUUUUUGUAGAGUGAAGUGUAAAACAUGUUCAAGAGUUUUUAUGCCACAUAGGAUGAUUAUAAUAAUAAUAAUAAUAAUAAUAUAUGCAGACGUGCUUGUCUAACUUGACAUUAAAUGUUUUUACUGUCGCUUGACUGCUCCUUUGGUCACAUGACUUGAUGAUGAUGUCAUGCUUCCCAUCAGUAAGUGUGAGUCAACACACACACACACACACACAGGCACUUCCUGUCCUUGUCGCAUGCUGACUUAUAGUGUGACUCUUCCUUUUUGUAAUGGCUGCUGUUCGUCCGAAAACAAAACACCUCUGCCAAGGAAAUCGUCACAUUUGCUCACUGUUUUUGCAGCUCAAAGUCAAGUAGGUCAGAGUUUCUUGUGGUUCUGUGAAGCCCACCUCGCCAAAACACACUGAAUUACAAGGACAGGACGUGUGUGUGUGUGUGUGAGAUUAUGUCAUUGAGCGUGCAAAGGAGGUUGUCAUGGCAAUAACAUGACUGACGGCAGCUGGGCGUUUGGCGCCGCUGACACAUGAAGAUGGCAGCUGAGUGGCUGCAGGUCGGAGGUCAUUUACAUUUAAAGAGGAUGAAGUGUGUGUGUGAGCCAUGACGUGCAUGUCUCUGAGAUGACUUGAUGUU